UGCACACCUCCGCUCCUCUGAUCCUCCGAUCCUCAUCCUCGUCCUUCCAGAGUUUGCAGUUUGGUUUUGAGAUAGAUUUUUGGAUGGCUAAAGCACCAUCGGUUUUGUGAAGCGGCAUUCCUGCAAUUUUGUUUCUUUUGGGAAAUAUUCUUUUUUUUUACAACGCACACUUUAUGGUUAGUUAGAUCGUGACCCCCGCCCCUUGGUGUUUUCUUUUUCCUUUCAUUUUUUUUUCCUUCGGAUCCUUCCCAGGUAGCCCAUCCAUCAAAAUAUCACGACCAGCACCAGGGUUGUCGCUCUGUGGAGUUCGUGGACGGAGAGACCGACACCUACCUGCACUCCGAGUCCGACCCGCGCUAUAAGGGCGCGCACAUACCCUCUCGGACGUUCCGAAUCCUGCAGGCGGCCACAGGCGGCGCCGAAGGCGUUUCAGGCGGCGCCCCGCCCUCCAGCUCACGGAUAGGCGGUCCGGGCCAGAACAGGACCGUGGUGGUCACCAUGCCAGCAGGAGGUGCCAGCGGCCCGGCCGUGCCUCCGUCCCAGCAGGAGGUCACUGAGCCCAGGAAAUACACGGGCGGCCAUAUUCCCUCGCGCAGCUUCCAGAUGUUGCAGCAAAUGACGGCCGACGAUCAAGCUUUCCGCCGGCUGGGCCUGCCGUUCGGCCGUGACGUCAUCAGAGGCAGCUCUGACGUCACUGGAGGCAGCUCUGACGUCACCGGGAGACAGCGCCGGAGGAGGGCGUGGCUGCUGCACGCCGAACUGCCGGCCACGGCCCCUGCACCCAGCACUCCUUCAAGAGUGUCUUCACGGACAGCAGCAGGUCUCAGAGAUGCUAGGAAUACUGAGGAAGAGGAGCCGCUGAAGACUCCGGGAUAUUCUAGACUGGCUCGGCUGCUGUCGAGUUUCGAAGAUGACGAGCGCGAUAGCCGUGUGCCGAACGGAGCUCUGGUGAAGGAGAGCGGAAGGUGUGGUAGUGUGAGAGAGGCUGCUGUGAGCGCCGUUGAUGCUCGUCGAAGCGAUAGAAGUGAUGAUACUGGUGGUGGAAGGAGGGUCUAUAGUGCGCCUGCGAAAAACCGUAUCACUAACAGCAGAGAGAACUUCAGGUCCAAACGAAACGGUAACGCCUGCGUUCCAAACUGCAACAGAUACAGUGAAUACGAAAGGUAUCUACCAUGGGAGGCAUCGAAAGGCAAGCAAUGCCAAGGACUGUGUAGAAAGGACGUCUGCCAUAGACCGUUAGAGAGCCUCGACAACAUGACCAGUCCGGUGCGGACGACCACCACCAACAGUGGCGGUGGCAGGGGUGUUCGAAUGAGCAGCAUCAACAGCAUCGGCAGCGUCAGCAGCGUCAGCAGCGGCUUUGGUGACGCCGAGGAGACGAUCUCCGAGCCGGAGCUCGACGGGGACGAAAAUGAAACGGAGAGCACAGAAGAACUGGGCGCCGGAGGCAGGGAACUUGUGAUUAAGGACUUGGAUGCAUAUGAGAACGAAGUGGAGAGCGUUGGUAGACAGGAGUACGUGAAGGAAGAGCAUUGUGUGCCUGCUUCCUACCGUGGAGGGCACACGCAGCUAGAGCUGGGCCUCGAUGGACAGAACUGUCGAGAUUUGGUGGGAACAGGAGAUGACGCCAAGCACUGCGGCGAAACUGGCCGAACAUGUGACGAAUCCGACACCGACACCGAAACCGACUCCGAGUCCGGCUCAGAAACUGACUCUGAUUCGGAGUCUGACUCAGAGUCAGAGAGCUUGUCUCACUCUGAUAAAGCUUUCUUGGAGGAAGGUAAGCAUGCUGAACCCUUCGAAAAGGGAAAGUUAGAUGGAGACCCUCCCAAUGGGGGCGACCUAGCGACCUCCUCGGAGGGAGAGGACGAAGAAGAAUCCACGGUGACGUCUGAAGAUGACGUCACGCUGGCGCGGUCACGAUCGGUGACCCCAGACGUGACUUUACUCUCGACGGAAAGGUCGAUGAACCUGCAGGGAAGAGGUGUAGGCCAAAGAAGUUCGAAUGGAGGUGAUAAAAGAGAAGACGAGGAAUGUCUUCUGAAGAGUCCUGCGAAAGAGGAGGAAGAAGAGGUUCAGGAGCAGCAGGAGCGAGAGGUGGGAGAGGAGAGAGUUGAUGAGGAUCAGAGGAGGGAGCUGGAGGCGCUGGUGGCGGACAUUUGGAGGAGCAGGCGGGAGUUUAACGCUGGCGAUAACGACGGAGAGCUGCUGUUCCAAAACAAACGGGAGGAGGAGUUCGACAACUGGCUGGAGAGGCUCGAGCAGCGGAACGAGCGGCUGAAGGCAAUGGUGGCGCCGCCGGUGGCCGAUAGUGGAACCAAGGAGGCGUUCGCGCCCGUUACGGAAGAGGACUUGGUUUCGGAGAAGACGAAAGAAGAGACGGAAGAAGUUACGGAGGUGAGGGCACACGAAGACGAGGAGACUGAAGGUGAGAGCAAAGAGAGUGGGGAUGAAAGUGAAAUCGAAAGUGGCAUGGGAGAAGAGAAAGAAGAAUAUCCAAAUGAAGCUGCGACGGUCGAUGACCGCAUCGUUGAUCGUGUAGUUGGAAGUGUUCUUGAUCUGGCCACUGGUGCGCUGGCUAACGAAGAUAGGACCAGCGAAGAAAACAGAGUUCUCAGAGGUCGCAAAGAAAGAGAUAAAGAGAGAAGCGCUCCACAAAGCUCAAUAGACUGUAACGCUAAAUUUCACAAUACUUUCCCUUCUGAUAAUCCAAAUAACAAUGCUCAGCAAAGUAAUGCUGCCAAGGUUCGGUUUAGAAUCUCAGUGGAGUCGAAAGGCGUCCAGACGGAUGACCCUGCCUCCAUUGUCUCUAACGACACCGUCCGCGCCGCUCCGCAGACCACCGCCUCCUGUAAAAAGCACGUGCCCCACGUUAUCAUCUCGACCCCGGAUCGGGAGAUGGAGGUGGACGUCCUGCUGGAGUCCCCCGACGGUACCUCCGGUCCCUACGAGGUCUGGGGAGAGUGCUACAGUAAGAUUUUCCGGCCAGUGCCUCCCGGUAACCGCACCAGGGCGCGGGAGAACACUAACACACGCUUCGCUGCGGCUAGUGGUGCUUCCAGCAUGGUGAAGGAUUCUCUUUGUAAUGUGAGGGAUUCCGUUUCCGAUGUGAAGGAUUCUGUUUCCGAGGUGAAGGAUUUUGUAACUAAGGUAAAGGCUUCUCACUGCUAUGUAACCGGGGAGCUGCGAAGCUUUUCAUCGCAUGCUUCGGUGAGGGCCGCACAUUCCGCUCAAUCCCAGCCCCAGACCCAGAGGAGAGGUCACGUGACCUUCCAGUCUGCGCUGCGGUUUUUCCGCGAUCAGACUGAGUCCGCCUCUGGCGGUCACCGCCAGGUGGCAGGGCGAUCGCCCGAGUGUUCCUCACAGAGGACGGCUCCUCAGUGGAUGUCAGGGUCCUCCCGUCCUCCUGCCGUUCCUCCUUGGGUGGUGAAAGCCUCCUCCGCCGCCACCCCCGCCGCAGAGGCGCCUCCAGCGGCGGUGGGGCGAACCGCAGCUUCCCCGGCCGGCCGGCAGACGGCAGCACGGUCGCGCUGUACGGCCUCUCCACGUGUUACAGGCUCUGCGCCGGUUUUGGCCCGUCCCUCGGAAGGACAGCCCCGCCGCUCCCCGAGCCACUACGCGCACGGACCGGAGUCGGUCACCGCCACCGCCCACAGUCCGCCCCCGCCCCCGCCCGCGCCGGUGGCGGUGGCGGCGGGCGUCCCGACCUGCGAGCGGAUUGAGCGGGAGCGGCUGCAGCAGGAGCGGGAGCGGCGGCCGCCGACCAACGGUCGGUACUCGGGCGGGAGGAACCCAUCGCGCGCCUUUCAGCAGCUGGCCGGAGAGUACCGGGACGAGGCGGACGACUCCCGGGGGGCAGUGCUGGGAGAGCUGCGCGCCGUGGGCUCGGGCCAGGCGCCGCGGCCGGCCCGGCCCUCGGCGGUGCCGUCCCGGUCCUUCCGCCGCCUGCAGCAGGAGUACGGCUCCCAGGAGCCGGAGCCGGAGCCGGAGCCGGAGCCGGAGCCGGUCCGGAGCGGGCCGCAGCAGACAGCCGUCAUCCGCACCACUCCCGAGCAGCAGAAACAGCGAAUGGCAGCCGUCUCCAAGACGUACCGACUGCUGCAGACAGACCCGACCGCAGUGCCAUCUGUGCUGGGCAGGAACGGCCGCUAGUGCGGCCCGCCGCCGACAGAGGCGCUGGCGGCGCGACAGGGGUAUUUAGAGCGGCCAGUUUUAGCCGAAAACAAACACCGCGCCCGGGUGAGAGCGCGCUGUGGAGGUGGACCACUGUACUGCCCUGACGCACGCAGCGUCUGCUUGCUGUUCUAACGCCGACGCGAGCACUGAUGACGUCAUGUGAGGCUAGCUGUGGAUGUGUACUGUUUACCACUCGAUCUGAGCCAGUUGAGAGUCAAAGUCGCGUCUGGGCGUCAGUAAAUGUGCGUUUAGGUAACAACAUUAGCGCUGGCAGCACCAACUUGCACGGCGGAGCCAUCUCACAUCUGACUUGUUUUAAUUUCCUGAUAAGAUCAGAUCAGGCUUGAUCCGAUCUCUUGACAUACGGUGACAUUUAGCUUUCAAUCAUAUUGUGACUGGCUGAGUGUAGUAACACCUGAUCUGCUACGCUAAAUCAGAGGUCCUUGAUAGCGCCUGACUCGCGGCAGCGAAUGAAUCUCACAGCUCUUUUUACGCGCAGACGUGCUCCACGUAGGUUAGGUAAUUGACCAUGCGACCGACCUAUGUAAGUACAUAAAUGAUACCGCCUUUUACCUUUGACGAUCCACUGUAGCGGUAUUUAUUUACUAUAAGUGUGCCGUGCGCGAAUUUUUGUAAAUAAACGGACAGAUGACUU